UCACUUCCGUUAUUGUACUGGGCACACACAGUUGGUAAAGUAAGAUGGACGCGGAUGAGUGUUGUGCGUAGUGGUGUGUUGCGUGUUUAUUUACGACGUAAAUCGUUGAAGCUCGUCGCCGUUUGACACAGUUACGAAAAACGUUCGCUUAACGGAUCGAGGAAAAUUGGCAAGGAAUGCUCUGAGGUUUCAGAAGAUACAACCCUGUAGACGAUGGUCGACGAAGUGUUACCAGCUAGCUUGGAGAGGCUGGAAAUUGAUCGAGAUUCCGUUAAUUCUUCUCGUGUAAAACCAACGGAUAAAACGAAGCCAACGAAUCCAUUUCGAAUAACGAGUAAAGGUAUUAGGUCUGAUACCAGUUAUUUAUUCUCUCGAAGAUCAAUGCCUAGCUGCAGACCAACGACAUCGUUAUCGUCAAUAUCUGCAAUAAAUCCAAGGGGUGUUAAAAGUACAACAAAUUUCAAACCGGGUAAACAUGAGAAAGUGUUAGACAAGCCUAACAAGAAAACAAAUUCUAUAAUUAAGGAAGCGGUCUUAAAAUUAAAUAACCCAAGUUCAAAUAGAGUGAGUUCGAUUUACUUGAGCGAAAAUUUCGUCAGUGCAUUGCGGGAAGAGGUCCACAAUGGAAGUAUUUGUAGUAGUAAAAAUUGUAAAACAUUUGGUCGAGGCUCUGUUACUAAGGACUUUAAGGCUCUGAACAUCAGCUCAAGAGAACUUAGACUUUUUAAAGACGAUGCCAGAAUUGACGACAACUUUCGCGCAAGCAUCUUUCGACGUACGAGAAGCAACACCAUGCCCAGCCUGAAGAGAGAACCCGGUCCUGGUGGGGGCAGCCCUUCACCUACUGGACAAAACGACACACAAAAUUCCCCAGGAUCAAAUCAGAACUCGAGUUCUAGCACUUGUUCAAUACAAGCCAGAAUAUCACCACCGCCUUGCGAUGUAACAAUUGAUGAGUUAGCCAGCUACUUUGACGAAUUUGUUCAUAUUCCAAAGAAGAUGUCACACAUGGCCGAGAUGAUGUACAUUUAACAAAUCUUAUUCAGAAAGAUUUUGGUCAGAAUUAUAUUGCCGAUCGAAUGAGGGAGGGUAAAUAAUACGUGGAGGAGGCGGAGAGAUUUAUAAUAGAGUAUAAUUUGAACUCAAAAUUAAAUGGCUGUUUCUGAGUUGAUUUUUUUCUCAGCAGCGGCAAACGGGCAGUCUAUUCUUGGUAAUAGCGAUCAAUUGAUUGAUCAAUCACUACUGUUUAAUACUAUGUAUUUACUAUUGUAUUAUGAUAACUAUGAUUUUGGUACACCUUAAAUUAUUUUUCAAAUUACGUUAUACUGAUACUAUUAUUAUAGAGAAAAAUUGGGAAAUUUU